UAAAACCAUGUAAAACCUAUAAACCGUGGCCGAGCACCGAAGCCCGCCGGAAAACACGAGACUAUAACGACGGAUAUUCACCGUCUGCAAACGUCUGUCAAUGGUUGGACCUUAGCGCACCAGGAGCAGCAGCAGGGAUGAGGAUCCGGCUGCAGGGUCCUGGCCACGCUGCCAGCCUUCUUACUGAGCUCAACCGCUGCCGCCAAUCACGUCAGUACUGUGAUGUGUUACUGCAGGUCGGAAACCGCACAUUCGCAGCACACCGUGCGGUGCUGGCUUGUGCUGGGACGUACUUCCGGAACCUGUUAGCCCGGGCUCCGGCCUCGUCCACCACCGCCUUCUCUCUGGAGUUUAUCUCCCCGGCCAACUUUGAGAAGGUGCUGACGUUCGUCUACACGGGGGAGAUCCUGACUGAUCUCAUAGACGUUGGGGUGCUGUACGAGCUGGCUGAGAGGCUGGGCAUCAGUGAACUGGUGAGGGCCUGUCACGCCAUCUUCCCUGACCUGCUUGUGUCUGCAAACUGUAAAGCCAGCAGUCCUGCAGACCUCGCUCUGGACUCGACCAUGGUUGCUGCUGCUCCCACGGUGGCUGUCGCCGGUGCGGCAUCUGUGUCCGCGUCUUCUGUGUGUUCAUCUGCCGCUUCCUGCUCGUCUCUGUCGUCAUCUGCUGCCCCGACUCCUGCUGCUGCUACCUCACCUCUCUUCCAAGCCAGGACAGCCAGGGCUGGGCUUGAAGCUCACACCGGGGCUCUCACUCUGGUCCUGAAGGCAGAAGACGUCCAGUCUAAUAUUGGCUAUGGACAGAUGGCAGCAGAUCAUCAACUACCAGAUGGGCAUCUUUUAACCAGCAGCAGCCACUCCAGUCAGAGUGACGGCGUGCUGCCUCUGGCUCCUGUGCUCCAGCUGAAGACUGAGCAGGGGCUGGAAGAGGAGGAGGCAGGAGGCAGCUGUGAGGAAGCCAACAGAGAUGGGCAAAUGGUUUCUGAGAGCACAGGUGUCUCCCUGCCUCAGAGCAGCGAUCUCGCACCAUCCGACUCCUGCUCCUUCCCUGACUCUUCGGCACAUCUCGGAGCCGAGGCCUGCGCUCCGACGUCCUCCUCGGGAGAGCCUCUCGGCAGCCUGCAGGUCGGACCGGUGGAGGGUGACGUGGUGGACCUACAGCGGGACGGCAGGCUGAUGUUUAGAGAGGUGGAGGAGGGAGAGAAUGAGGAGGAGCGAGAGGCUCUGCAAGGUAACGGAGCAAUAGAGGGAACAGAGGAGGAGCAGUGGAGACACCUGGCAGGUGAGAUCAUCGAGCUGAGCGACGACGAGAACUUCAUGGAGGAGGGAGAUGAAGAGGAUGAUGAAGACGACCUUGUGUGUGUGGAAAACGGAGAGGGAGGGAACUCAAGCAGCCAGGUGUCAAGAGACAUGCUGGCAUGUAAAGCCUGUGCAGUGCCUCUCCCAGCAGACCCUGCUGCCGUCCGCAGACACGCAGACACCCACCUGACGGAGCUGGGGCUCUGCAGGGUGUGCGGGGCCUCAUUCCCGGACCGCGCUGCUGGUGUCACCCACUCCCUCUCCCACAUUGGGGUGCAGCUCUUCACCUGUGACAUGUGUCACCUGCAGUUCUGCAGCCAAAGCAAAUUGCUGCGUCACCACCGCCAGACGUCCUCCAGUUACACCAUACCACAUGGGGCGCUUACCAACAGCAGCCAAGGCCUGAGCUCCGAGCUGCAGUGUGCUGCGUGCACCAAGACCCUCAGCAAGGACUUCCAGACCGUCAAAGACCACCUGCUGAGCCACGUGUGUCCUCAGAGUCUGAGCUGUGGACUGUGUCACCUCCCCCAGCUCUCCCUGUGCUCCCUGCUGUGGCACGCCCUCGCCCACCUCUCUCUGCCCGUCUUCACCUGCCCGCACUGCGCCCGCUGCUUCGUAGAGCGCCCCCUCCUGGACAGACAUAUGGCUGUACACGCUGAGGAGGCGACGGCCAAGGAGAGGGAGCGGUCAGCGCUGAGGGCGUACAGAGUCGGGGCAGAUGGGGUCGGAGGUUUGGCAGGAGUGGAGGAGCUGCAUUGUUUCCUUUGCCCACAGACCUUCCGCUCCUCAUCCGCAUUUCAGUACCACCUCAGCCUGCACACCAACGAGUCCCUGGGGGGCGGAGGAGGUGUCGGGGGCCAGGGCUGGUUAGGCAAACGUAAAGCUGACCAGUCUCUGGAGUGCCCUCCAUCUUCCUGCUCCUCCUCCUCUCCACGGGAGGUCAGCGGUCUCGUUAAAAUGAGCAACCUGGGUUUGGGCCUGGGAAUGGGCUUCGGCAUACCAGAUAAGUUUUUUCAGGGGCCAGCGCACAGCUUGUCCUCUGGGGUCAUGACCAACGGGAGCUCAGGGCAGGACGGGGGAGCCGGAGCAGCAGGGGUCCGUGGGAAAUGGUACCGGUGUCGCUACUGCGGUAAACGCUUCGCCCACUCUGGGGAGUUCACCUAUCACCUGCGCAUCCACACCGGGGAGAAACCCUACCAGUGCAAAGUGUGUCUGCGUUUCUUCAGAGGCCGCUCCACCAUGAUCUGCCACCUUAAGACGCACGCCGGCGCCCUCAUGUACCGCUGCACCGUCUGCGGCCUUUACUUCUCCACGCUGAAGCUGGUGUCGUCGCACAUGGAGCUCCACAAGGACCACCUGCCGCCGGACUUCAACAUCGAGCAGACCUUCAUGUACAAUGAUCACUCGAAAGAGCCGCUGCCCACUGUGGACACCUGAUCGACCCUGUGUCGGCCCGGUGCAGCUCUCCUCCUCCCUUUACCCCCAGUCUGACACCAGCUGUGUGUCUGGUUGUUAUGGACCAUAUACUGCAUAUAAUAGACUAGGGCUGCAACUAACGAUUACUUUCAUUAUCGAUAAAUUGUCUAGUCAAUAACUUGGGAAAGAAAUAAAAUAAAAAUGUUACAAUGUCACAACUGCCCAGAACUUGAGGUGCCAACUUUAAAUGACCAGUUUUGUGAAAUAAAAAACCCCAAAAUGUUCAGUUUAUUAUCAUAUCAGACAAAGAAAAGCAGCAAACUCCAACAUUUGAGAAGCUGAAACCAGAUAUUUGAAUUUUUUUCUUCAUAAAUUACUUCAACGACCGUAUUGAAUAUCAGAAUCCUCAUAAAUCAAUUUUCUUGUGAUUGACUAAUCGAUUAAUUGUUUCAGCUCUAUGAUAGACUUAGACUUUUAGAAUGUAGUGGAGAUAUUAUGUGUCAGAUGCCGUUCACUGAGUCGACCUGUCUGGAGGUUUCGUCUCUUUGAGCUCUGAUAAAAAAAGAAGCCACUUGGUGGCAGUGUAUCCUGUUGUGUGUCAGUGAAAGAAGGGAAGCCUGUGGACUGUUGACCGUGACGCAGUACUACUGCUUAUAUCCAAACACGUCUGUAUCUUUAUAUCUUAAGUAUCAGGAUAGGUUUUUAAUGUCAGUGAUUGAUAAUUACACUGUUAUUAAAGUAGCACCUCAUUGUAGCAUAGAAAUUAUUUUCCUAUAUUUGCAGUCGCUAUUUUCACACGGUACGAUUUUUUAAUGUCCUUUUAAAGUUUCAUUUUUUCAACAUAACUUGCCAUAUGAAGGAGUGUUUCAUUUGUGUGUUUGUCAUUGAGCGCUUUCAGAAAAUGUCACAUGCUGUAUUCACUUGCUGAGAGUGUGUGAAGCAUAUUGUGCUGUAGGAAACAUGAUAUUGUGUCCAUAUACGAGUGCCCACCACAUAUUUGUGUCUUAUUUUUGAUCACAGUGCAACUAUUUAUUAUUUUUUAAAUAUUGGUUUUUGAAAAGAAUCAAAUAAAUGCCUCUAGGAAAACUGUUA